AACAUGAUAGUGACUAAAGCUAACCAAAACGUAUAACAACAAUAAACAAUAAAUAUUGUAUAUUAAUCAACAAUGGGAAAAACAUCAAAAGAUAAACGAGAUAUAUAUUAUCGACGAGCAAAAGAAGAAGGAUGGAGAGCAAGAAGUGCUUUUAAAUUGCUUCAAAUAGAUAAUGAGUGUCAUAUUUUAGAUGGAGUAAACAAAGCUGUGGAUUUGUGCGCUGCACCCGGUAGUUGGAGUCAAGUUUUAUCACGAAGAUUAAAGUAUGUUUUAAUUUAUUUGCAAAUUCAAAUAGAAAACUUUUUGUAUUUAAAUAAUAAAUAUAUUUUUUUUUUCAUGGACAGUGAGAAUUAUAAAAAAGCUUUAGAAACAGGAAAUGCAAUACCUCCAAAAAUAGUUGCAGUUGAUUUACAAGCUAUGGCACCAUUGGAAGGAGUGAUUCAAAUUCAAGGAGACAUUACGAAUAUUGACACUGCAAAACAAAUUAUCUCUCAUUUUGAUAAUGAGCAAGCUGAUUUAGUAGUUUGCGAUGGAGCACCUGAUGUGACAGGUUUACAUGAUAUGGAUAUUUAUAUCCAAUCUCAGUUAUUAUUAGCAGCUUUGAAUAUUACUACUCAUAUACUAAGACAAGGAGGCACAUUUGUUGCAAAAAUAUUUAGAGCUAAAGAUGUGACUUUGCUAUAUGCUCAACUAAAAAUAUUUUUCCCCUAUGUCUAUUGUACAAAACCUAGCAGUUCUCGUAACUCUAGUAUUGAAGCAUUUGUAGUUUGUAAAGAUUAUUCACCACCAGAAGGUUAUAAACCUCAUAUGAUGAAUCCUCUCUUAACACAUAAGCCAUGUGAUUUUAAUGACCUUACAGGAAUUAAUAGAGUUAUUGUUCCAUUUGUUGUUUGUGGUGAUCUUAGUCAACCUGAUUCUGAUACGUGUUAUCCAUUGGAUUUUGAAGGAAAAGAAUACACUUAUCACGAACCAGUGCAGACACCGAUUUCACCACCUUACAAAGAAGCACUCAGUUUGAUGGAAGAUAGAGAUACUGAUUUCAGAAGAUACGAUGUUAAUGUAGUUGUAGAUAAUCUAAGUUCAAUGACUAUUGAGGAUUUUAAAAAACAAGCGAAGCAAAAACAUAAAGAGAUAAAUGAAAGUAAAAGGAUCGAAUUGCAAGAUAAUAAAAAAGAUGAUAGCGAGGAAGAUACAUUGGGACUUGACAAGUUAAUGUUCACCGAAUUAUUUGAUGAAUCUAAAAAUAAAGAUAAUGAUAACAUGUAAAAAUGUUAUGAUUUUAUAUUAUACAUAUAAUUUAAGUUAUAAAUGUUUUUAAUAUAUUAAUAACAACCUGUAUACAUAUAUAUGUUUG